AUGCCUUCCGACACCAACGACCUCGCCGCCCCUGGCUGGACCGCCCAUCCGAGUCCUUUCCCCGCAGCUCGCCGAGACGAGACCGCUUCCACCACCUACAACUCGGCCGCAAAGGGCAAGGUCACCGUCCCGGAACCCUACCUCUGGCUAGAGACGCCCCCCUCGCAGUCACAAGAGACCAAGCAGUGGGUCCACGCCCAGGCCCGCCUUACACAGUCCUACCUCGAAAGCUGCCAGCCGGAUCUCGACAUCCUCAAGAAGCGCCUCGAACGCAACCUCGAUUUUGCGCGCGCCUCGAACCCCUCGCUCAAGGGCGACGACAAUUACUACUACUCGUACAACUCCGGUCUCAGCCCCCAGAGCAUCAUCUACCGCGCAUCCAAGGACCAGGUACAGCACCGCGCAGGCAACGACGACCAGGCUGGCUCCAACCCCACCGGCGAGAUCUUCUUCGACGUCAAUCUCCUCGACGCAAAGGGCACCGUCGCCCUGUCCCUCACCUCGUUCUCAAAGACUGGCCGCUACUUUGCCUACGGUGUCUCAAAGAGCGGCUCGGACUGGUUCAAGAUCUACUUUCGCCAAACCGACAAGCCCUUCCGCCUGCCCGCAGAGCACUACAGCGAGAACGGCACCAUUCGCAUCUCGGGCGACCAGCUGGCCCCGUACAUUGACGCGACCGGCGGCAAGGAUCGCCUCGACGACGUCCUCGACGACAUCAAGUUCAGCGGCGCCAGUUGGACCCACGACGACGCGGGCCUCUUCUACCAGCGGUUCCCUUCGCUCGUCGGCGUCCAGGACAAAGGCACCGAGACCGACGCCAACAAGGACGCCCAGCUCUGGUAUCAUCGCAUUGGAACUUCGCAGGCUGACGACGUCCUCGUCAUCCCCUCGGACACGAAGAUCCCCGAGUCGAUGUGGUCCACCAGCAUCACUGACGAUGGCCGCUACCUCUGUGUGCGCAACUCGCGCGACACUGACACAAAGUCGCGCUACUUUGUCGCAUCGCUCCACGACCAGCAGAUCGGCGAUCAGAUGCGCUGGGUGCCCCUCUCGCUCGGCUUCAAGUACGAUCUCGACUACGUCGGCAACGUCGGCGACCGUUUCUACUUCCUGACCAACAAGGACGCGCCCAACUACCGCCUCGUCUACUGCGACAUCGACUUCGGCCGGUCCCGCGCGGGCCCCGUCUGGUCGCUCGAGGGCGACGACGUCGAGCUGCGUGACCACAUCGCCGAGGACGCCGGCGCGCUGCUCAGCAGCGUGUCGCUGGUGGCCCAGAACAAGCUCCUCGUUGUGUACUCGCGUGACGUCAAGGACGAGCUGUACCAGUACGACCUGGUCACGGGCAAGCGCAUCGAACGCCUGUUACCGGACCUGGUCGGCACCAUCAGCCAGAUCUCGGGUCGCAAGGACGACGACCACGCUUUCGUGCAAUUUGUGUCGUUCGUCAACCCGGGACAGAUCGUGCGCCUCGACUGGACGGGCAAGACGGCUGGAAGCGACAAGGUCACCUCGCAGAAGCUCUAUUCGAGCACGAGAGUGGCGGGAAUCCGCAGCGAGGACUUUGUCAGCGAGCAGAUCUUCAUCACGUCCAAGGAUGGCACGCGCGUGCCCAUGUUUGUCACGCACCCAAAGUCGCUGGAGCGAAACGGCAGCGCGCCGGCGAUCCUGUACUUCUACGGCGGCUUCAACAUCCCCAUCAUGCCGUCGUUUGUGCCGACGAUGAUGACGUGGGCUGCUUCCUACAACGGCGUAAUGGCCUUUGUCAACGCGCGCGGCGGCGGCGAGUACGGUGACAAGUGGCACGAGGCCGGAUCGUUGCUUAACAAGCAGAAUGUCUUUGACGACGUCCUCUCGGCCGCGCGCCACCUUCACGAGAGCGGUUACGCGCAGAAGGGCAAGAUCAUCCUUAGCGGCGGAUCCAACGGCGGACUGGGCGUGGCCGCAUGCGUCAACCAGUGCGCAGACGAGCACGGUGUCGGCGCAGGCAUAGCCGACGUGGGGGUCAUGGACAUGCUCAAGUUCCACACCUGGACCAUCGGCAAGGCCUGGACCGCGGACUACGGUAACCCCUCUGAGGACCCGGAGAUCUUCGACUACAACUACAGGUACUCUCCCUUGCACAACGUCGAUCCGAACAAGAUCUACCCCACGACAAUCCUGGCCUGUGCUGACCACGAUGACCGGGUGGUCCCCGCGCACUCAUUCAAGCUGAUGGCCGAGAUGCAGCACAAGCUGCCAAACAACCCCAACCCCCUUCUGCUCCGCGUCGAACUCGACGCCGGACACGGUGCAGGCAAGUCGACUCAGAAACGCAUCCAAGAGGCAGCCGAGAAAUAUGCCAUCACCGCUCGUGCGCUCGGACUCGAGAUCCAACCUGAAGAUGCAGAGGUGGUCGGGAAGCUGUGA